AUGUCACAACUUCCUCAUGGCCUCGUCAGUUUUGGACCUAAUGCUAACUGCACACUGGACACUUGUCCCAUUGAAGCGAGCAUCCUUCAAUAUAGGCCAUCCGUUCCGGCCAACGUCAUCUUCAUUGUGGUCUUUGCCUUGGCCAUGCUUGUUCAUAUUUUCCAAGGGAUCAGGACCGGCUCAUGGGGCUUUAUGGUUAAUAUGGUUUGUGGCUGCAUUCUAGAAAUUGCUGGCUACGUCGGCCGUGUUCUGUUACAUGGAAACCCUUUUAUCUUCAGUGGGUUUCUGAUGCAAAUCGUUUGUAUCACUGUAGCCCCCGUGUUUUACUGCUCUGCUAUUUAUGUUGUCUUGUCCCAGGUCGUCAACUACACUGAUCGCUCCGUCUCUCGGUUUAGCCCACGUCUCUUUUACUGGAUGUUCAUCCCCGCUGAUAUCGUAUCGCUGGUCCUACAAGCCACCGGAGGUGGGCUCUCCUGCGUGGGGAACACAAAGAACGACAUCCAAGUCGGGGUUAAUAUAUCAAUGGCAGGACUAAUCUUCCAGGUUGUCACGCUUACUCUAUUCUGUAUUAUGUUCGGCGACUAUAUUUACCUUGGCUGGGGGUCUCCCGGUCGGCAUAAGCUGCAAUGUCUCAAAGGCUUUCUGGCGUGUUUGUUUACGGCAACGUUGCUGGUCUUGCUUCGUUGCUGUUACCGUGUUGUGGAAUUGCAUGCGGGAUACUUCAGUGAGCUGUUUAGAGAUGAGCCUUUGUUUGUUGCGCUUGAGUCUGCGGUUAUGUGUUGCGCUGUGAUUUUUCUCAAUCUUGGCCACCCAGGAAGUGCGCUGAACGAUGGCAGAGAAGAACUCCUGUCGAUUGACGAAGAAGAGCUUAUUACAAAGUGA